AUGUCGAAAAUAGCAAACAAAGACUAUGCACCCCUCAAUCUCUCCGGAGACAAUUACCUGCAGUGGGCACUAGACACAAGGAUUAGUCUAAAGUCCAAAGGACUCGGUGAUACUAUCAUCGAAGACAACAAUGAGAAUGAAAAGAACCGAUACAGAGCCUUAGGCCUUAUGCGACAUCAUCUCAUUGAUGGUCUUAAAGAUCAGAUGGUGUUGCUUCCAAAAGCAAGGCAUGAUUGGAUGCAUCUAAGAUUCUUAGACUAUAAGUCAGUGGAUGAUUACAAUUCAGCUCUAUUCAAGAUUGUCUCAAUACUAAAGCUGUGUGGUGAAGAGACCGCCGGGACAGCACCACUACCCGAAGCCCAUGAGGUCGAGAAGAAAGAUCCUCCCAAUGAAACCUAUUACGUCCAAGACAACAAGAAACCAUACGGCAAUAGCCGUGGUGGAUUCAAGAGGCGUGGACGUGACAACUCAAACGGCCGAGAUGGCUACUCAACUGGCCGGAAAGGAAACCACAAUAACCGUGGUCGUGGUUCCAAUUACGGCCGGGGUCGAGGCAGCUACGGCCGCGGACGAGGUGGCAUAUCCAAACCAUCUUACACGUCCAACAAGUCUCUAUGCCAUAGAUGCGGGAGUGACAAUCAUUGG